AUGAGAAGGCGAAUCGAUAGGCGAAGCGAACAAGAAUUGAACAGCACGUGUGGUUUGAACGAGACCGUCUUGGGUGGAUCCAACGAUUGCUCAAUGAAUGUUUUGGUGCUGUUGACUCACUCACUUGGACACGAGCAUCGACGCGAGGUCCUUUAAAAGAUUACUCGCAAAGCAUUGGAUGCGUAUGCACAGAAGAAGAAGCUUGACCCCUCAUUUGCCGACCGUUGGCUAGCAAUGUUUGAUUCGGAGGGAAAUGGCGAAAUCGACAUUACCGAGUUCCUCCUAGGCAUGGGUUUGAAACCGGAACAAGUCUUAAGGAAAGUUAGCACAAGCCAACUUGAGGCCUACAAAAAGGUUCAGCUGAUCGCCGGCGAUGCGUCGGAGGAGAUGCAGAAGGAGAUCAUCAACAUAUUGAUUCGAGUCAUGAGGCUGUACGCGUCGAGUAGCCAGCAAUUGGUUGAGCAGCUGAAAAUCCGCCUGGAUAAGCGAUUCGGACCGAUAUGGCAGUGCACCAUGAUUCGUGGGGCCUACACCACGUGCAACGCACAUGUUCCGGGCACGAAUAUGUGCUUCCGCUUUGGCGAUCUCGCUUUCAUUCUGUUCAAAUCUGCGAACGGUGAACACGGUGCUUCUGAGUAG